AUGUCACUAUCAACUCUGCGCUUUUCCCUGUCUCGUUCUCUCUCUCCGUUGCACCGGUUGCGUGCACUACCGUCCGUCGUUCCUCUGUUGCAUUCACCUUCAUCACAAGCUCGCACAUACGCGAAAAAGAGCAAACAGAAACAGGAUGAACCCGAGGCACCCUCUACUUCCAAGAAGACCAAGGUAUCAGCAAACGAUAUUAUCCCUGGCUCUCAGCAAGCAAUCUCGGACCCAACACAGGCCGCGGAGUAUGAGAAAUGCUCGUCCAAAAUGUCCACAGCCGUGCAAUGGUUCCGCCGUGAGGUCGCUCAGAUGGAAACCAGGGCGAGUGGACGCGUAACUCCUCAACUGCUGGCCCCAGUUCGCGUUAAAUAUGGGGACGAGAGCGCCGAUGGCGUCAGGUUAGAAGAGGUCGCGACCGUCGGCGUGAGGGAUGGUAGUACGUUGAUCGUCACCGUGUUUGAGACUGAUACUCUGAAAGAUGUGGAAACUGCGUUGUAUGAUGCUAAAAUCCCUGGUGUUGUACCACAACGCGUGGACGAACGUACAAUUCGCAUCCCGAUACCUAAACCGACUGUGGAUGCACGACUCGCUCUGUACACCAGCGCUUCGAAGCAGUCCGAGGACAUUCGACAACAAAUCCGUGCACAUCACUCUGCAAGCCUCAAGAAGGCGAAACCAGCGAAACAUAGUGUUGCUAUAGACGAGUUCCAGAAACUGGAGAAAAAGCACCUUUCUGAGAUCGACGACAUCCUGGCGCAGCUCAAAAAGGUCACCGGGACGAGCGGAAAGCGAUGAUACCCAUACUGCCUUAGCCGUCCCAUCCCAUUCGCCCUAAUACUCCCCCUUGGUGAACGUGUAUAUUUAGGCCUCGGAAAAUUAUUCGUCGGCUAUCGUCGUGUGGAGAACUACGAGGAUCUGUGGAUACUACUCUUGAUAAAUAUGCGUAGCUAUCAUCCUCUC